AUGAUGAAGAAAACGAGUGAAGGAAAAGAAAAUGAAAAUCCAGGUGGUCCAAAUAUUAACAACAAUGAUGUUGAAACAACAAAUGAUUUAACUAAAGUUGGUAAAAAAAGAUCUAUUGAUUGCCUGUAUUCGAAUGGUACUGAUAUUGAUAACGAUAUUGAAAUAUCCGAUUUGAAAAAGAAGUGUUUUGGUCUUGAACAACGUUUGGAGAUUGUGGAAAAAAAUUGUUCGUGUAAGUGUAUAAGUUGA